GCGGACGCGGCCCGGGCCCUGCCCGAGGCCAUCGCCGCGUUGAGUCAGACUCUGCCUGCCGGACCCAGCCCCGAGACCUUCCGCCGCGCCAAGUUCGACCGUCCGGAGGCGGCCCCCGCGCUCUGGCGGCUGCUCUUCCGCGUGCUCUCGCCGCAGCUGGCCGACGGCGCCUCGGCCUCAUUCUCCCCGGAGGCCCAGGUCCGCUCUGUGAAGUUGGCGCUGCGCACCCAGGGCUACCCUAGGCGGGCCCUGGCACAACUCCCGGACGACGGCUCCCAGGGCGGCCGCGAGCUGCUGCUGGCCCUGGCCUGGCUCCUGGCCCGCGGGCCCCUGCCCGAGCGGCUGCUGACCCAGAACCGCGUGCAGCUGGGAGAUGAGAUGCCCGUGUGCGAGUGCGAGGCCCUGGCCAGCCCUGGUCCUCCUGCCCCCAGCGUGGAAGCAGACGGCUGUGUGGACAUCCGCCACCUGCAGUGGCUGAUGGGAAAGCUGCGGUUCCGGUGGCGAAACCUGAUGGCCAGUCAGCAGGAGCAGUGCGCCCUCCUGGGCAAGAUCCACUCAUAUACCCGUGGCUGCCACAGCGACCGCAGCCUUGGCCACCUGUCUGUCACCGAAACGGAGCUGCUCAGAGACCCGGAGGGUGGCCGGCAGCUGCUGCGGAGGCUGGAGAGGGAGAACGCACGGCUGCAGGCGGCCCUCGAGUGGCGGCGCCGGGAGCUGGUCUUCUGGCGGUGGAUGGACACGGUCCUGGAUGCCUGCCCCCCUGAGGCCUCACAGCCCACGUUUCUGCCCAGGAUCCCCACGCCAGGGGCUGGAGCGUUGGAGCCCCUGGUGCGGGAGCUGCAGGCCCUGCAGGGAGAGCUGCGAGAGGCGGUGGAGGCCCGGCGGGCGGCCUGGGAGGCCGGGGUCGGAGGCUGUGGGCCCGAGUGGAGCACCACAAGGACGGCCUUGCGGGAGGCCGUGGGGCAGGACCUGGCCGCUCUGCGGCAGGCCUGCGAGCGAGGCAGCGGCUGCAGCCUGGCCCAGCCCCACGGGCCCCACCGGCUGGUGAGGACUGAGGCUGGGGCGCCCGGGGACCCAGGCCUGCGAGCCCCUGAAGUGAUUGAGGCGCUGAGGAGCCGGGAGGCCCACCUGGAGGUGGUGCUGCACCAGCUCCAGGGCCAGUGUCGGCAGGAGCUGGCCAGGCUGGUGGGAGCCCCACCCGGCUCCGUCUGGAUCCUGCCACCUGGACGCUGA